GGUGACUCGACUUUGGGUGCGGAAUGCAUCACGAAAUCGCACCUUAAAGUACACAGUCAUGUUUUCUGCAUUUGUUUCAACUGGCAACUGAUCGAGAGUGCGUACUACUCAUCUGCUAACCUCGUUCAGGCAUCGCAAAAGGAAAAAGUAAACAGUAUUCGCAGUACGCACGUUGUGUCUUGAGCUGCACGGCGUUCAUGGAUUGUACCGUUGUGCGUGUGAUUCGAGAAGGUACACCAAAAUAAUAGAAGGAAUCCUUUCGUACGACAAUUUCUUCUCUGUUUGUGAACAUCUACUGACAUGGCUGGUAAUCGGGAGGUGAUUCUAGCCGAUUUUCAGGCAUGCACAGGAAUCGAUGACGUUGGUGAAGCCAUUCUGCACUUGGAAGGCACAAAUUGGGACUUGCUGGCUGCAAUUCAUAGUGUCAUGCCACAAGAUUCCCAGCAGCUGCCAUCAGAAAUGAGUCCCGAUAUUGAAAUGAUAGAAGAAAUUCGAGGGAAUCAACCUCAACAACCGCAACAAUCUUUCACAUCAGAAGUAUUCCUUCAAGCACCAACAAACUCAAAUACUACUAAGGUAAAUGUUACAGAGGUAGUAAAACCAGGAACCAGUAAACCAAAAUGCCAUAAAGUUCCAAGACUGCUAACAUUUAAUGUUAACUAUGAUAAUCGUGUGGUCAAGAUCGAAAUCUCAGAAACUUCCACAGUAGGGGAUUUAAAACAUUUAAUAUGGGAGCUAACAAACAAAGCAGUAUGUCAGCAAGAAUUACAGGGAUGGAAAACGGAACCCCGUUCGAAUCUUACCGUUUUACAAACGCUUGAUCUACCUUCAGAAAAUACACUCCAUAUUGUAUCCAAUCCAGCCAUGGAAGUUGGAGAUUCUGCUUCAGAUAGUGUGACAUUGUCAGAUCGACUAGCUCAAACGUACACAUUAAAUGUAAAAGAUGAAGUACAUAACAAAAAAUACAGACUUCAAUUUCGAGGGACACGAACUGUACUAGAAGUGAAGUCGGAUAUCUAUUCAUUGAUAGAUGUACCUGUGCGAAAUCAACAAUGGAAGGGUUGGCCUAGUACGCUAAAAGAUGACAAAGUAACUUUGGCACAGAGUGGAAUCAAUUUUCCAGAGCAUAAUUUAUCAGUAGGCAAAAUACCCUCGAAAGAUAAAAAAGACAUAGUGGACUUAGUGGAUAGUGAUACAUCUGAAGAAGAACAAGAAGAUGGAGAAGAAUUUGAAGAUGCAACUGAAUCUUUUAAUGUUGAAGAUGAUAUAUUCAUUGAUCAUAUACCGUCUACCAAAAUACAGCGGUUAAUCCCAGAUAAUGUAGAGGAUGAAAUAGUGGGAACGCUGCAUUUCGUAGAACAAUUUGAAAAGAGAUAUGGACCUGCUUAUCCUGACUUCUUUGUUGGCACUUUUGAAGAUGCGAUAAAAGAAUCUUGCUUAAAACCCGUAAAGGAGAGAAAAUUACUAGCUGUAUAUUUGCACCAUGAUAAUAGCGUAUUAGCAAAUGUCUUUUGUACUCAGCUGUUGGGCUUUGAAACAGUUUUGCAGUUGCUCUCCACAUCAUUCGUCGUUUGGGGUUGGGAUAUCACUCAUGAGUUUAACAAGAAUAUGUUUUUGUAUUCCGUAAAUCUAACGUUAGGGUCAGCAGCAGCCUCGACAGUGAGAAAUAUCGACGUAGAUACUCUACCCGUUCUUAUAAUUAUAAUGCGGUCCAGAUCAAACACUGAAAUAUUUACUAUAGUUCACGGAAACAUAGGAGUCAAUGAACUUAUGACUAAUUUAGUUCAUGCUGUCGACGUUUUUCAGGAACAAAGGCGAACAGAAAUUGGCAUUGAAGAAGAAAGACAAGCAAGAGAAAGAGUAAAGCAGGAGCAAGAUAAAGCUUAUCAAGAAAGUCUAGCAGCCGAUAGGGCAAAAGAGGAAGCAAAACAGAUACAAGAACUCAUUGAGAAACAAAAAAAGGAGCAGGCUGAAAGCGCAAGAUUAGCUGAAGAAGCGAGAAAAGAAGCCCACAGACAAGCGGUAGAAUCUAGUUUACCACCUGAACCUCAACCUGGUGUUGGAGACGGUGUGCUGAAAAUAAAAGUACGACUGCCGGCCGGGAAAUUUUUGGAACGAAGGUUUCAGGCUGAUACGCCUCUUCAGACUCUUCUGAAUUUCCUCAUUGUCGAAGGUUAUCCUACAGAAGAGUACAAAGUUUUAUCCAGCUGGCCACGAAGGGAUCUAACGUCCAUGGACUCUAAACUCACUCUUAUGGAACUGAAAUUCUGCCCGCAAGAAACCGUGAUCCUAGAGGAACGAUAAGUCACUUGUAAUUAAAUUCGAACGUAGAAAUUAAGCGUCGCGAUAUUCUGAAAACGUAUUUAUUUAAUAAUUUUCGAUAUAGUCAACACAGUUAAUACGAAUUGUCUGUUCAUUACGCAAUUACAUUUGUACGCUGUACUUUUUUCAUGCGAUUACACCACGAGACAGAUGUAGUUCUAUUUUAUAAAGAAAAAAAAAAGAUCCUUUUUAUGCGCGUGUACUGUACGUUAUAAAUCUCAAAAAAUAAAUUAAACCGUGAAAACCGA